AUGGAAACCCCCAAUGAAACUGGGAUGGUGAUUGACUUUGAAUUGGUUGGGUUCCUGGACCUUCAGGAUUUCUACAUAUUGCUUUUUACCAUCUUGUUAGUGGUUUACUUUCUCAUUCUCUGUGGGAACACCAUCAUAUUCUCCCUCAUUCAGGCUAGCCCCCGUUUUCACAACCCCAUGUAUUUUUUCAUCGCUGCGUUGGCUGUUCUGGAGAUGUGCUACACGACUGUCACCAUCCCCAAGAUGUUGGCAGAUCUGCUGCAGAGAAAGAGCCGCAUCUCCUUCACUGGCUGCCUUCUGCAAGUCUAUUUCUUCCACGCCCUGGGGAUCACAGAAUGCUGUCUGCUCACGGUGAUGGCUUAUGACCGGUACUUAGCCAUCUGCAUGCCAUUAAACUAUAGAACCACCAUGACAACCAAACAUUGUUCCCAGCUGCUGGUGGGAUGCUGUGCUUGUGGCUUUGCAUGCCCCAUGCCAGAAAUCAUCCUCACUUCCAGACUGCCGUUCUGCGGGGCCACUCGUGUCAAGCAUAUAUUCUGUGAUUUCCCUCCAUUGUUUAGUCUCGCCUGUACUGACAUGUCCACCGUCAUCAUGAUAGACUUUGUCGUCCAUUCCUUUGUCAUCCUUGGGCCUGUCUUUCUUAUAGUCCUCUCUUACAUCAAGAUCUUGUCUGUUGUAGCCAAGAUCCAGAGCCCAGAAGGCCGCCAGAAGGCCUUUUCCACCUGUGCCUCCCAUCUCAUUGUAGUCUUGGCCUUUUUUGGAACCACUGGGUUCAUGUAUGUCCGCUUGACUCGUGCCAGAUCAUUCUAUUAUGAAAGGAUCAUAGCAGUGAUCUAUGCUGUCCUCACUCCCCUCUUCAACCCCAUUGUUUAUAGCCUGAGAAACAAAGAAAUUCAGGAAGAGAUAAGAAAAAUGGUUAAACUUCCAGAUCUGCCAUUCUAG